AUGGGCUUUCUCAAUGCUGUUUCUCUGUUGGUAGUGUUUUCCCUCGGUUUUUCAAUUCAGACCGAGGCAGUUCCUUCUAAUAGAGAAAAUAUCACAGCUCAUGGUAACAUAACGCGUAGUCAUGUAUCGAGCAAUGUUACUGGAGGAAGCAAAAACCACACAGUCAUCCCUCAAAGUGGGAAUACUACAAAGGAAAUCCAUAAUCAUACAAACUCCAAUACCGAAUCUCGUAAUCAACAUACACUCAACAAAACAGCUCUUUCUGGACAAGAGAACUAUGACGAAACUUAUAAAAGUAUUUUGCAAACGUUACAACUGAAACAUGGAAUGAAAAUGCAAGAUCUAAAUGUUCUACUGCAGAAACUGGGAAUGCACGACUGUUCAGGACAGAUUAACCACAAGGUGAUAACAAUAUAA